CGCAAUGCCAUCAUCAGCAGUCCAAAUAACUGGGGUCCUUAUAGACCUCCGCCUCUCAUGUACACGGGUCAUCACCAAAGACGCCCGGACAGAAUAUAUAGUUCGCACGCAAGAACCUAUGACAACCUACAACAACGUGGUUCAACCGCCGUCUCCUAUCAAGCUAACAGCCCCUAGGAUUUUAAUUGACGGUGAAUCUACGAAUAUGGUUGUAGGGCAACCCCUAUCAACUCUACCGUCAGGUAGAAACUUCACCGCCCAUUUUACAAUACCAAAGACGCAUUCUCUCGUGGACGCAAACAAGAAACAUCAAGCAGAGUUGAAGGACUACAGAGUACGACUGGAGAGACGCACGACAGAGGCGAACGCUAAAUGGGUGAUACAAGCAGAAGACUUGAAACGAGCACAGCAAAAUACAUCAAAGUCUUCCCGGCGCAAGAAAAGAAAGAAAGCUCGUUUGGUGGAAGAAGGCUCAGCACCGGUCUCAGAAUCAGUCUCAGCACCCAUUUCGGAAUCCGUCUCAAUGUCAGAAUCCAUUUCAACACCCAUGUCGGAAUCCAUCUCAGCAUCCAUGUCGGAAUCCGCCUCAGCACCCAUGUUUUCCAAGCAGUUUACGAGUGAGAUUGAUGAGCUCAAAGUUUCCCGCACUCAACAGGUCCAGAAAAUUUGGGAGCUGGAAGAUUCCAAGGCAACGUUAUCCCAGAAAAUUCUGGGCCUUGAAGAUUCCAACGCAACGUUAUCGGCUGAUAACAAAUCCUUAACCGCCACUGUGCAGCGUCAUUCCAUAGCACUCCAUGCUCUCCACCGACGCGUGGUACUUGACGACGCCCGUGAUCUUAUACGCAAGCGGUACAAACAUAAUAUCAAUGACCUUCGGCUGGGGAGGAAGUCGUCCAAGGGAAGCCAGCGAAGACCAUGCAGCAAUUGGUCAAAGAAGUUCGCUCGAAGCUCAAUAAUGAGGAUGCGUGCUUACUACACCUUGACGCGUUGACGAUGAUAUUCGGCAGUAGUCGGGGUACCAUCCGAGCAGAGGGUAAUUUCAGGGCUCAGUGCUCCGCAGAGGACCUGAAAUUAGCCAUCGCGCAGCCGAACUUGACACCAUCGCAGGUAGCAAGUUUGAAGAGCAUUUACUCAUUCACGUAUGAAACUCUUUCAUUUUAAAUACAUACUUUGUGCAUCCAUUCUUCAAAUUCUAACUGGCUUACCGAUGCUCCAUAUUUGAACCAUGACUUCUUUCCAUCGUCGCUAAGUCCGUCUGAGUCAGGCUGGGGAUCGCUCAAGUUCUGGAGCGGUCAAUAUGAU